CUUUUAGAUGCAGUGCCCAAAACUUUCCCUUUUUACUUGAAGUGAUCUUAGUCACAGGUAUACAGUCAUGUCUUUAGGAGCAUUGAGGUCUUUGGCUGAGAAGGGCAGGCUUGUAUCCAGGUUCCCAACCUCUUUGGGAGCCUUUGUCACAGGGAAUUCUCACUGGGAUACUCAUUCUCAAUCUCCUCUUAUUGAGCAGAGACGAGGUGCAAAGCGAUGGACUCCUGACUUGGAAUGGUUGGAGCAAUUUCGAGGUCCAGUCCUCUAUGCACAACCAGGCUCUCCUUUGGCAUCUAUACGAGAGACACCUUGGAAUGCAUUAGAACCUCCUCGGGAACCAAAGCAGCUCAGGAACUGCACCAUCAAUUUUGGUCCUCAACACCCUGCUGCUCACGGAGUCCUGAGACUUGUCAUGGAACUUGAUGGAGAGAUUACAAGGAUACUGAAUCAUAUUCUGGGCAUCACAACUCAUGCCCUGGACAUUGGUGCUCUCACACCAUUCUUCUGGCUGUUUGAAGAAAGGGAGAAAAUGAUGGAGUUCUACGAAAGAGUUUCUGGUGCCCGCAUGCACGCUGCUUAUGUUCGACCUGGAGGAGUGUCUUUGGACUUGCCUUUGGGCCUUAUGGAUGACAUAUGGGACUGGAGCAGCAAAUAUGGUCAACGACUGGAUGAGGUGGAGGAUCUCUUGACAAACAAUCCCAUUUGGAGACAACGAACCAUUGACAUUGGAGUUGUCAGCUAUGAAGAUGCACUCAAUUUUGGCAUGAGUGGAGUCAUGUUACGAGGCUCGGGCAUCAAAUGGGACUUGAGAAAGGCUCAACCUUAUGAUGCCUAUGAUGAAAUGGAAUUUGACAUACCCAUUGGGAAGAGAGGAGACUGUUAUGAUCGGUAUCUGAUUCGAAUGGAGGAAAUGCGGCAGAGUCUUCGUAUAAUUGAACAGUGUCUGAAUAAGAUGCCCCCUGGAGAAGUGAGAACAGAUGAUGCUAAAGUCUCUCCUCCAAAACGAGCUGAAAUGAAGAGCUCCAUGGAGGCCUUGAUCCACCACUUCAAGCUUUACACAGAAGGCUAUCAGGUGCCACCAGGGACUACAUAUACAGCCAUUGAGGCACCCAAGGGAGAAUUUGGUGUGUACUUGAUUUCAGAUGGAACAUCCAGGCCAUAUCGGUGCAAGAUCAAGGCUCCAGGUUUUGCUCACCUUGCAGCCCUGGAUCAGAUUGGUCGCAAUCACAUGCUAGCUGACAUCGUUGCCAUCAUUGGUACCCUUGAUAUAGUGUUUGGGGAAGUGGACCGGUGAGGAGAAGAUGAAGAGAAUCCUUCAGUUUGGUGUUUCCUCAAGUUCAUCAGUUUGCACUUGUGCAUAUUCUUGUCUUUCGUGUCAACCUUGAGACUAAGUAAUGUAUUGUUGAAAAAAUAGUGAUAUUGCUGAAAUGAGAAAA